CUUUCUGCAUUCUUUGGCGGUGCAAGUUUUGCCUCUAAUUUGGUUGCAACUAUUCCACAACUAAUUGAGACCUAUCAACAAAAAUCGGUUGAAGGUUUGUCGUUAGUCUUUGUGUCCAUAUGGGUCAUUGGUGACAUCACAAGUCUUAUAGGAUGCUUCUUAACAAACCAACUAUUCUUCCAAUACGUGUUGGCUCUAUAUUUUCUAUUCAAUGAUUUCAUAUUGGUUGGUCAAUACUAUUAUUAUGGAUAUUAUCUUAAAAAGCAUCACCAUCAUCAUCACCAUCACCAUCAUCAUCAACAUAAUGAAGAAAGUACUCACUAUGGCUCAACUAAUAGAAAAAGAUCUUCAGGCUCGCUCAUAGGUGCUGCAGCAAGAGCCGCUGUUCCAGCGGUUGCUGUUGCUUCAAAUAUUGGACAAAGUAGUGCUUUCCCAAUUGGAGAUUUCAUGACUAGUACCACCAGUAUUGGUGGAUUUUCAAUAGAUUCCAAAACAUAUGGUGUGUUUUUUGCAUGGUUUGGUGCUGGAUUAUAUUUUUUCUCUAGAAUUCCUCAAUUGAUUAAAAACCAUCAAAGAAAAUCCACUGAAGAUAUUUCACCAAUUUUAUUCGCAUGUACAUUAUUCGGUAACAUAACAUAUACAGCAUCAAUCCUAGUGAGUUGUGACUUCAUUUAUGGUGAAAACAGAUUAGAAUUUUUUAUUAAUGAGUUACCAUAUAUCAUAGGAAGUGCGGGUACUAUUGUAUUUGAUUUGUUUUACUUUUAUCAAGUUUGGCUAUACAAUGAU